GGCGGCGGGCGGCGGCGGCGGGGCCGGGACGGGCACAGCGGCGGCGGCGCCAUGAGGCCCGGGCAGGGGCACCGAGAUGUGCAGAGGAGUGAAUGGCCCAUGUUGUGUUAGUGCCUGUCUGCCAUGCUGGCCUGUCUGCCAGGACCAGGUGACCUCUCCUUUCAGCUUCUUUCUUACACGCAGAUGAACACUGGACUUCAGAAAUGGGACACUACACAGAAAAUGAGAUCUGCACAGUAUCCUACCCCAGCAGAAUUGGAUGCUUAUGCUAAGAAGGUCGCCAACAAUCCGCUGACUAUCAAAAUCUUCCCCAACAGCGUCAAAGUUCCCCAGAGGAAACACAUCCGCCGUACUGUCAACGGCCUCGACACCUCGGGCCAGAGGUACAGCCCCUACCCGUCUCAGGCCACCACAAAAACAGGCCUCCUGGCCAUAGUCAAAUCCCCAGCCAAGGGAAUCAUCAAAGACUUUGAGGGGACGCGCGCGCGCCUGCUGCCGGAAGCGAUGAUGAACCCCCCUUCCGCCCCCUACGUUGCACCGAGCACUUUAACCCACGGCCAGGCGCUCGCCCGCCAGCAGCCCCUGCAGCACGCACAGACUCUGCACCCCCAGAGCCUCCCGCAGCAGCACCCUCAGGGUCUCCCCCAGCCGCCCAGCUUACCGCACCCUCAGGGGAUCCCGCACCCCGCCAACAUGCAGCAGCAGCCGCAGGGCUUGCAGCACCCUCAGCCCAUGGCACACCAGAGCCUGCAGCACCCCCCCAACCCUUUGCUGCAGCCGGGUUUACAUGGAAGCAGAAAGAUGCCGGAUGCGGACGCGCCGCCGAAUGUGACCGUGUCUACCUCAACCAUUCCCCUCUCGAUGGCUGCCACCCUGCAGCAGAACCAGGCGCCGGACCUGAGCAGCAUCGUGCACCAGAUUAACCAGUUCUGCCAGGCCAGAGCUGGCAUUAGCACUACCUCAGUGUGCGAGGGACAGAUUGCAAACCCCAGCCCCAUAAGUCGCAACCUGCUUAUCAAUGCAAGUACCAGGGUAUCUACUCACAAUGUCCCUACACCCAUGCCUUCCUGUGUAGUGAACCCUGUCGACCAUGCUGCUGCUGCUAUUCCUCCCGCCUCUGUUAAUGUGCCCAUGGUGAAUAUUAACAGGGUGCCUCCCGCCUACCAGAACGAGAUGAAGUCGGCGGCGUGGAACCAGCACCAGCUGGCUCAUCUGCAGCAGAUGUGUGGGGAUGCUGCCGGGCCGGCUGGGCUGGCGGGGAAACACCCUCAGAGAGAGAUGGCGGGGCAGAGCUUCCCUGGCAAAACAUCCACCUACCCUCAAGAACUGUGCAUGGGCCAGUCCUUCAGCUUGAAGCCUCCCAUCGAGAAGCCGACGCCUUCUCCACCCGUCAACGGCCUGCAGGGACCUUUGCCGUACACCAACGGGCACUAUUUCCAACCCCUCUGGAAUAACAUUCUGCCCACCCCUAACAGUGACAGCUCUGGGUCCCAGGACCUCGCCAUGCCUUUCCACGGAGGCCAGCCUGCGGGGCCGCCGCUCGAUUGCGCGGGAGGGACUCAUUACAGAGCUGGAGCUGCUCCAGCCAGCCAGAAUAACGUGAUGCAGACCAUGGAUUACCUAAGUGGGGACUUCCAGCAGUCCUGCUUCAGGGAGCAGAGCAUGGCCGUGCUGGGGAAAGUCCAUCGGCCUCCCAUGAACCGAGCACCCGAACCGACCGAUAGUCGAAAUCUUCAUAUUCAGCACCCAGGGUAUAGAUAGGCUGCAGUCACUUUCACAGACAACAACACAAAAACAAACAAAUUAGAGGUUUAGUCUUAAUUUUAAUUAAUAAGCAAGGCAUUUUUUAACUUGCAAACUUGUGUGAUCGUUAUAAGUAACCAGUGGAAGAAGACGUGCUGGCUGGUUAAAAGCUUUGCAUCUCUCUCUCUCCUUCACUCAUUUAACAUGCCUUUUGUGGCAAAGGAUUUCGUUACACUACUGCACCCCACAGCUCUUUCCUCCCCACACAACCUCCUCUGUGAAGCUUUUGCCUCCUGUGGGGCUGAGGGUGAGAGGCCCCAGGGGUUUGGGCCAGUGAGGGAGCAGAGCUGCUUCACUCUCCACCUCUGUUUCCUCUGAAGGUUCGAGAGCGACAGAGUUUUCAGGAAGCAGAGCUUAUUUUCAGCUCCAAAGCCCAUUUCAUUGCUGUGUUUCAUUGACCAUUUGCACUGUCCAGAGGCCUGUUUAAUAGAGAAAGAAGCUUACCUGUGGGGAGAGCCAGCUGAGGAAGGGACUUAGGCGUUAGUAGAGGAGGAAGCUUUUCAGCUGCUUCUUGCUGAGACGCCCACGUUUACUGUUUAGACUGUGUCCAAAGUCUCUGGCAGACUUUUCUGACACUUUUUUGGUUUUGCAGACAGGGUAUGGAGGAGGUGGGAAGGGUGGUUUUAGGAUGUAGGCAGCAUUAUCUGCUGGGGUAGCUUCCUUUUCCUGCAGAGUAUGUGACUUCCCCACUCCCCUCUCAGAGCCAACUUUGGCUGAACCCCUUGCUGCUAGGAGUCUGUCCUGAUGUGAAGGGAAUCCAGAUCCACUGACAGCUCCAAAAAAGGUUCAGCUGCUUACCCCAGUACUUGGCAUAGAAUCAUUUUGGUUGGAAAAGCCCUUUCAGCCCCUGGAGUCCCAGCCCUCCCCUCACCCUGCCAAGCCCACCACUAACCCAUGGACCUCAGCACCACGGCUUUGGGAUCCCUCCAGGGCUGGGCACUCCCCCACCUCCCUGGGCAGCCUGGCACAGGGGCUGAACAACCCUCUCAGGGAAACAGUUCUGCCUCAGCUCCAAUCUCAGCCUCCCCUGGGGCAACUUGAGGCCAUUUCCUCUUGUCCUGUCACUCAUUACUGGAGAGAAGAGACUGACCCCCAUCUCACUACAACCUCCUGUCAGGGAGUUGUAGAGGGUGAUCAUGUCUCCUCUCAGCGUCCUCUGUAGACCAAACAUCCCCAGCUCCCUGAGCCACUCCUCAUAAGACUUGUUCUCCAGACCCUUCCCCAGCUCUAGUGUCCUUCUCCAGAACCUCAAUGUCUGUCUUGUAGUGAGUGGCCCAAAACUGAACAUGGUACUGGAGGUGCAGCCUCAUCAGCCCCAGGUGCAGGGGGACAAUCUCUGCCCUGGUCAAAUUAAUUAGUUAGAAUUAAUUUGAGGUGAAGAGAGGUACCUCAGGCUCAUCUCUGGUGUAGUGGGGAGAUGUGACACAGUCUCCUUGUGGCAGCUGCACUGGGAGAUGGUUGAGCCAAAGCCAAACUCCACUCACCAGCCAUUGUGGAAUCAUCAACACAUCACAGUGGGUUUAAAGCAACAAUUCUCUCUGGGAAUUACCUGUUUCCAAGAUCCCUUUUUCCCAGGGUCUCUGUGCCUAACUCCUCCUGCCCCUUUCCCACAUCCAGCAGCUGAGUCUGUCUGCAGGACACUACUGGGAAGCCUCUGCAACCUCUUCUCCGUGUACCCAAACACACCUCUAACGUUUACUCCACAUCCCCACCCACAUCUCUCCAGCAACCGAACUUCUUGGGAGUAGAUUCCUCAUCUCUGUUAAAGAGAGACUAAUACUUGAACAUAAUGAUCACACUCAAGUUUGGAAAUUAAAAACUAAUAAUAAUGGAAAGGAACCCAACCCUAAAUGCAUUUGGUUCUUUAUAUGUACACUGGCUAAAACUAUUGCUCUACACUGUAACUUUUAAGUGUAAUAUUUUCUGUAUGAAUGUCGCCUGGUAGUGUGGGUUUGAGUAGCAAUUGUGUAUGGGUGAACCCACUGGCCUCUGCCAUCCACUGGCCUCCCUCACAGCCCUUGGAAAAAGAAACAAAACAACAAAGCCUUAAGCAUUUUGCUCCUUGAACUUUCCUUAACGAGCACGGUUGGAAAAAAAAGAAAGAAAAUGGAUCAUGGAAGAGAGAAUUGAAAACACACAAAAAAAAGGAACAGGAUUAAAAAAAAGGAUAAAAAAAAAAGCCCCAAGUUUGAUGUCAUAGAAAAGCAAUUAGGACACAUUUCUUUGUAUUUCUUUUGUCCAAUUUAGACGUGUAGUCCUGGGCUGUAACAAACCUUUAGGUUGCCAAGCUUAGCAGAGUACGUCUCCUCUGACUCCUGGUAAGUUAGUCACUGAUCCCAUGGCAUUAUUUCAGUCCUUUUUCUUUCUGAGGUGUACUCUGACCCGCUCUUUAGUGGUAACUCUUUUUAGCAAAGUUAAGCAAUUGGACUAAAGAUGGAUUAAAUUAUGUGUUGGCUUGUGUUGCCUUAUAUUUAAACAACAAAACAAACAAAAGGAAGAAUUGCCUGAUUGUGUUAUGCCAAAUGAUAGCAACAUGAAGUCCUAAUUUAUUGUUUAUUAAUCGUAUUCCUGCAGUCUUUGUGAAAAAAAAACAACCCCACACCUGGUAAAUAUACAUCUAUGAAAGAACUAAACCCCUGAGGCUCUUCAUGCAAUAUUGUUCUGAACACACCAUGGGAAGCUGAGGUUUGAGGCCGAAGCUGUUUCCCUCAAGGUCUCCCCCCAUCCUCCCUCUCACCCCACGUCAGUCUCUUUCCCCUUUCCUGCCGAGUUACUGUAAGGUUUUCUGCUACCUGAACACCUGCCUUUAUACUGAAUAAACUCUUGGCAUCUCUGGUCAGUAGCCUGAUAAAAAUCUCAACCCAGACUGUUAUUAAAAGCUGGUUUGGGGGGUUUUUUUCUUCCCUUCCUGCUCUUGUGAGAGAGAGCCCAAGGGCAGUCCCAUGCUGUGGUGCUCGUGGAGGUGGUUUGGAGGCCGGGGAGACACUGGGGAUGGUUCUGCACAGCUUUGCCCUGGCACAGCAGGACUGGGAAGCAAAGAAAGCCUCCUGAGACUCAUCCAGGUGGAACAUUGCUUGAAAAAUAGUAAUUGUUUUACUAUUAAAAUACACUGAAAUAUU